AAACUUUAAAGGUUAUACCUUUGCACUGAAGAUGUCAUUCCACGGUUUCGCCAAGCCGUACACAAAUAAAUCAUAAGUAUUAAUAUUAUAACCGGCAAUAAAAUAUUGAACAUUAAGUAAAAAUAUAUUUAAAUCAUUUCAUAUAAAAGAUGGCUUUAAAUUAUAUUAAUCAAAUUAGGUCUAUAAUAUUUCAAUCUAUCAACAGAAAUUCAUUGAGGAAUACUAGUCGAAUUAAUAGAUGUACAUUCAAAACCAAAAGUCAAACAGAUGUUGAUGAUGAAGAAAAUGAAGAUCAACCUAUAAAAUAUUCAACAUCUCCAGCUGCUCAAUGGGCAGCACGUUACAGUCAGGCUGGUGCGAAUACUGAUGAUGAACCUUGGUAUCAACCGCACAUAGUUAUUUGGAGUACAGUUAGUGUCCUUGUUUAUUUUGGUCUCUUCAGAGAACCGAAUGAUUUAGAUGAAGCAUUUGAUAGGGAAUUAGGAGAUUAUUUUCCUCAAUUAACUGAAGAAGAAUUAGAAAAAAAAUUUGGUAAACACUUUGUGGGGAAAGAAUAAUCCAACAAGUAACGAGCAAUAGAAUUUAAUUAAAAUAGUUUGAUAAUGUUUUUCGGUCUGAUUUUUCAAUAAAAAAAUUUAUUAAUAAUUUAA